CUUCGCCUGCGUCGCUGCUUCAGCGCGGGCCGCUGGCCCCGGGGGUGUGAGGGCGCGCAGCGCGGCCGGCGGGGCCCAGGGCGGCGCGGAGGCCCACCGCGGACGCUCUCCACCUCCUGUGGCCUGGACCCAGCCUACCAGGGCUAAAAAUAUUGCCCGGAGGCUCCUGAGCGGAAUCAGAUCGUGCUAAGUAGGGCACAACGCUGCCGAGGCGACAGAGCGUCUCAGCCCCAGGGUUGGAGGAAGGCUCUGGAGCGGUAGCUCCCGCCCCCGCUCGCCUGGCGGCUAGAGGUCUCUCUCAGCCCCGCAGCCAGGUGUGUGUGGAAGCCAAUAUGAAGCUGAAAAAGCAGGUGACAGUGUGUGGGGCUGCUAUUUUCUGCGUGGCUGUCUUCUCGCUCUACCUCAUGUUGGACCGAGUACAACAUGAUCCUGCUCGACACCAGAACGGUGGGAACUUCCCCCGGAGUCAGAUAUCUGUGCUGCAGAACCGCAUUGAACAGCUGGAGCAGCUGUUGGAGGAGAACCAUGAGAUCAUCAGCCACAUCAAGGACUCUGUGCUGGAGCUGACAGCCAACGUGGAGGGCCCACCCGCCCUGGUGCCCUACUAUGUGGCCAACGGCUCCUGGGUGGUGCCGCCAGAGCCCCGGCCCAGCUUCUUCUCCAUCUCCCCUCAAGACUGCCAGUUUGCUUUGGGGGGCCGCGGCCAGAAGCCAGAGCUGCAGAUGCUGACUGUGUCAGAGGAGUUACCGUUUGACAAUGUGGAUGGCGGCGUGUGGAAGCAAGGCUUCGACAUCUCUUACAGCCCCCGCGACUGGGACACCGAAAGCCUGCAGGUGUUCGUGGUCCCCCACUCUCACAAUGACCCGGGCUGGCUCAAGACCUUUGACAAGUACUACACAGAACAGACCCAACACAUCCUCAACAACAUGGUGUCCAAGCUGCAGGAGGACCCCCGGCGGCGCUUCAUCUGGGCAGAAGUCUCCUUCUUCGCCAAGUGGUGGGACAACAUCAGUGCCCAAAAGAGAGCAGCAGUCCGAAGGCUGGUGGGAAACGGGCAGCUGGAGAUUGCAACAGGAGGCUGGGUGAUGCCGGACGAGGCCAACUCCCACUACUUUGCAUUGAUUGACCAGCUCAUUGAGGGCCACCAGUGGCUGGAGAAGAACCUGGGUGCAACCCCGCGCUCAGGCUGGGCGGUGGACCCCUUUGGGUACAGCCCCACCAUGCCUUACCUGCUGCGCCGUGCCAACCUGACCAGCAUGCUGAUUCAGAGGGUGCACUAUGCCAUCAAGAAGCACUUUGCUGCCAGCCACAGCCUGGAGUUCAUGUGGAGGCAGACCUGGGACUCGGACGCCAGCACAGACAUCUUCUGCCACAUGAUGCCUUUCUACAGCUACGAUGUCCCGCAUACGUGUGGCCCGGAUCCCAAAAUCUGCUGCCAGUUUGAUUUCAAGCGCUUGCCUGGUGGGCGUAUCAGCUGCCCUUGGAAGGUGCCGCCCCGGGCUAUCACGGAGGCCAAUGUGGCCGAGAGGGCAGGCCUGCUCCUGGACCAGUACAGGAAGAAGUCCCGGCUGUUCCGGAGCAACGUGCUCCUGGUGCCGCUGGGCGAUGAUUUCCGCUAUGACAAGCCCCAGGAGUGGGACGCCCAGUUCUUCAACUACCAGCGGCUCUUUGACUUCCUCAACAGCAAGCCUGACCUCCACGUGCAGGCCCAGUUUGGCACCCUCUCCGACUAUUUUGACGCUCUCUACAAGAGGACAGGGGUGGAGCCGGGGGCCCGGCCUCCAGGUUUCCCCGUGCUGAGCGGGGAUUUCUUCUCCUACGCUGACCGGGAGGACCACUACUGGACAGGCUAUUACACCUCACGGCCUUUCUACAAGAACCUGGACCGCGUCCUGGAAGCGCACCUGCGGGGCGCAGAGAUUCUGUACAGCCUGGCUGUGGCUCACGCCCGCCGCGCUGGACUGGCCAGCCAGUUCCCGCUCUCGAACUUUGCCCUUCUGACGGAUGCACGGCGCACGCUGGGGCUCUUCCAGCACCACGACGCCAUCACGGGCACCGCCAAGGAGGCCGUUGUGGUGGACUAUGGGGUCAGGCUUCUGCGCUCCCUUGUCAGCCUGAAGCAGGUCAUCAUUAACGCAGCUCACUACCUGGUGCUAGGGGACAAGAAGACCUACCACUUUGACCCAGAGGUGCCCUUCCUGCAGAUGGAUGACACCCGCUUAAAUCACGACGCCCUUCCAGAGCGCACAGUGAUCCAGCUGGAAUCCUCACCCAGGUACGUGGUGCUAUUCAACCCGCUGGAACAGGAGCGGCUCAGCGUGGUGUCCCUGCUGGUGAGCUCACCCCGGGUGCGCGUGCUUUCAGAGGAGGGUCAGCCCCUGGCCGUGCAGAUCAGCGCACACUGGAGCUCUGCCACCGACAUGGUCCCUGACGUCUAUCAGGUGUCUCUGCCUGUCCGCCUGCCAGCACUGGGUCUUGGCGUCCUGCAGCUGCAGCAGGGCCUGGAUGGGCCCCGCACGCUGCCCUCCUCCGUGCGCGUCUACCUACACGGGCGGCCGCUGUCCGUCAGCAGGAAUGAGGCAUUCCCUCUCCGGGUCAUUGACUCGGGCACCAGUGACUUCGCCCUCAGCAACCGCUACAUGCAGGUCUGGUUCUCAGGCCUUACCGGGCUCCUCAAGAGUGUCCGAAGGGUGGAUGAGGAGCAAGAACAGCGGGUGGACAUGGAGUUCCUCGUCUAUGGCACCCGCUCAUCCAAAGACAAGAGCGGCGCCUACCUCUUCCUGCCCGACGGCGAGGCCAAGCCCUAUGUCCCCAGGGACCCACCCGUGCUGCGUGUCACUGAAGGCCCUUUCUUCUCAGAGGUGGUUGCCUGCUACGAGCACGUUCACCAGGUGGUCCGGCUGUAUAACCUGCCAGGGGUGGAGGGGCUGUCCCUGGAUGUGUCGUCCUUGGUGGACAUCCGGGACUACGUCAAUAAGGAGCUGGCCCUGCGCAUUCGCACGGACAUCGACAGCCAGGGCGCCUUCUUCACGGACCUCAAUGGCUUUCAGGUGCAGCCCCGACGGUAUCUGAAGAAGCUGCCCCUGCAGGCCAACUUCUACCCCAUGCCCGUCAUGGCCUACCUCCAGGACGCUCAGAACCGCCUCACGCUGCACACGGCCCAGGCCCUGGGCGUCUCCAGCCUGCACAAUGGCCAGCUAGAGGUGAUCUUGGACCGAAGACUGAUGCAGGACGACAACCGGGGCCUCGGCCAGGGGCUCAAGGACAACAAGAGAACCUGCAACCACUUCCGCCUCCUGUUGGAACGGCGAACCCUGGGCAGGGAGGUCCGCGAAGGCCCCUCUACAAGCUACCCAUCCCUCCUCAGCCACCUGACGUCCAUGUACCUGAACACCCCUGUGCUCGCCCUGCCCGUGGCCAGGAGGCAGGCCCCCGGCCCCGCUCUGCGCUCUUUUCACCCUCUGGCCUCCUCACUGCCCUGUGACUUCCACCUGCUCAACCUGCGGACGCUCCAGGCUGAGGAGGAUGGCUUGCCCUCGGCAGAAACCGCGCUCCUCUUACACCGCAAGGGUUUUGACUGUGGCCUUGAGGCCAAGAACUUGGGUUUCAACUGCACCACAAGCCAAGGCAAGGUGGCCCUGGGGAGCCUCUUCCAUGGCCUGGACGUGGUUUUCCUGCAGCCAACCUCCUUGACCCUGCUGUACCCUCUGGCCUCGCCCUCCAAUAGCACUGAUGUCUACGUGGAGCCCAUGGAGAUCGCCACCUUCCGCCUCCGCUUGGGCUAGAUCUCCUUGUGGCCUGAAAGGAAGAUUCAUCCACGGAGACUGGCCUCUUCACACGAGAUCGGGUUGGACAAGCCACACCCGGUAUCCUGUCCCGAUCUACCUCUCAGAACCAUGACAGACUGGGCUCUGCCCUCAUUUUCCCUUUAUCGUUGCGUCUGUGCAGGGGGGCAGCCCGCAGGCCCAGUGUUGGGUGGAUAGGUAGGGCAGCGCCGCUGAGAUGCAGCAGCAAAGGCCCUUGCUCAGAGGGGGCAGUGCUAGCCUCUGCUUUGGGGUGUGCGUGUCCACUUCGUGGGGCACCGGCUCAGGCAUCCACCCUGUUCCGCGAAUGGGAUGGAGGAGAAGCAGGGGAGGCUGAGUGGGCCACAGCCUGGCGUCAGGCUCACAGUGGGCAACAGCUGACUCUAGGGGAGUCCCGUAGUUGUGUAAGGACACAUGUCCUGAUGUGACAAGCAGGAGCAGAGCAACACCAGGAGGAGGGGGCUGGGUACUGAGGGUUAGCCGUGGGGUGGAGGAGUAGAAGGAAUGGCUGUUCGUGUGACAGCUCCUUUCGGAAGUGCUCCCUGACCCGCAUACCCUGGCCAGGGGCUGCUGUGUGGCAGGAAGGACUCAUGACUGCCGUGGCCGCAGGGCAUAGGACACUUCAGGUACCAAAACCCCCAUCUCAGACUGGGCACUUGGUCUGCGUGUUGAUUUGUGGGGUGAGGGAGGGGCCACCCUGCUUGACUCCUUUGGUUCCUGCACGCUGUCCACCACUCUCCCCAGGAGCCGCUUCCUAUCACAGGGGCGUUUGAUCCGGCACAUUUCCUUUCCCUGGAAAGAAAGUGAAGCUUCCAACUUGAGAAGGCUUCCGACAUCAUCCUUGCAGGCCUGAAGCUUCUCCUUGCACAUCCUUCUACAGAAGUCUUUGUGGGGAACUAGGGAGACAUAGACUAAAUUAGGAGGCACUGUGGCUGCUCGUCAGCCUUCAUUGCAGCUUCGAUUAUUAGAGAAAAAUUUAUCAUAGUCUCUAUAGACGCUGAAACAACAUUUGGUAAAAUUUAAAAUCUAUUCCUUAUUAAACAAUAUUUGGUAAAAUUUAAAAUCCAUCCCUUGUUAAACUCUUGGUGAGUUAAAGAUUAGGAAGAAACAUCCUAACCUAGAUAAAGGUGUCUCCAUCUGAAACCAGUAGUCAGUGGCAUUCUAAAGAGCCAACCACAACAGACAUUCCCAGCAAAAUCAGAGAUUCACCAAGGCCAUACAGUUAUUUAGCUGUGUUCUGGCACUACUAACACCUGCAGUGUGGCAGAUGAGACGGGUGAGCAAAAGUUCCAAAACAUCCAUCCAAUACAAUCCAAGAGGAUCAACUCAAGACCUAUUAAGAGCAUUCUGUAUGUCGACUUAAACGAUGCAUGUUACAGUUCUGUAAAGAUUCUCGUUCUCUGCAAAUCAUCCUAUAAAUUCAAUGUAUUCCAGUGAGAUUGGAUACUUUUUGGAAUUUGACAGGUUCCAAAAUUGUCAACAUCUGUUGGAUCAUAGAAAAAGCAAGAGAAUUAAAAAAAAACAUCUGCUUCAGUGACUAUGCUAAAACUUUUGUGUGGAUCACAAACUGUGGAAAAUUCUUAAAGAGAUAGGAAUGCCAGACCACCUUACCUGCCUCCUAAGAAACCUGUGUGUAGGUCAAGAAACAAUAGUUAGAACCAGACAUAGAACAAUGGACUGGUUCAAAAAUGGGUAUAUAUUGUUACUCUGCUUAUUUAACUUAUAUGCAGAGUACAUCAUGCAAAAUGCUGGGCUGAAGGGAGCACAAGCUGGAAUCAAGAUUACCGGGAGAAAUGUCAGUAACCUCAGAUAUGCAGAUGACACCACCCUUAUGGCAGAAAGGGAAGAGGAACUAAAAAGCCUGUUGACAAAGGUGAAAGAGGAGAGCCAGAAAAAGCUGGCUUAAAAUUCAGCAUUCAAAAAACUAAGAUCAUGGCAUCCAGCCCCAUUGCUUCAUGGCAAAUAGAUGGGGAAACAGUGGAAACAGUGACAGACUUUAUUUUCUUGGGCUCCAAAAUCACUGUGGAUGAUGACUGCAGCCAUAAAAUUAAAACAUGCUUGCUUCUUGGAAGAAAAGCUGUGACAAACCUAGACAGCGUUUUAAAAAGCAGAGACAUUACUUUGCUGACAAAGGUCCGUAUAGUCAAAGCUAUGGUUUUUCCAGCAGUCAUUUAUGAAUUGUGAGAGUUGGACCAUAAAGAAGGCUAAGCGCUGAAGAAUUGAUGCUUUUGAACUGUGAUGUUGGAGAAAACUCUUCAGAGUUCCUUGGACAGCAGGGAGAUCAAACCAGUCAAUCCUAAAGGAAAUCAACCCUGAAUAUUCUUUGGAAGGACUGAUGCUGAAGCCCCAAUACUUUGACCACCUGAUGCGAAGAGCUGAUUCAUUGGAAAAGACCCUGAUGCUGGGAAAGAUUGAAGGCAGGAGGAGAAGGGGAUGACAGGUUGAGAUGGUUGAAUGGUAUCACUGAUUCAAUGGACAUGAGUUUAAGCAAGCUCUGGGAGAUGGCGAAGGACAGGGAAGCCUGGUAUCCUGCAGUCCAUGGGGUCACAAAGAGUCGGAUAUGACUUAGCGGCUGAAUGACAACAGCGUCCAUUUGGUAGAGUAAAUGUGUGAGACUACUAAGAAAAUUCUGAAUGAGCAGAGGGUGGGUGGGGCAGUCGUGCUGGGUAAAAGGCACUAGAUUUCCCAGGGGGCUCUGGGGUGGGAUCAGACUGCUGGGGUCAAAGGGAGAGCCCAGCAUCAGACCCAGGUGUGAGGGACUCAGUACAGGACACAGGAGUAUUUUAAGUGGGAAAAAGAUGGAUUAUUUAAUAAAGACUACAGUAACUGCCUAUCUAUUAAAACAAGAGCUCUCUACCUCACAGAUUCCACAAAAAGUAGCUCCAGGGGGAAAAAACAAAAAAUUGAACUCCAGAAUUACUGAGGAAAAUAUAGGAUAUUUUUGUAUUCCAGUGUGGAAAGGUCUUUUCUGAACAGGACAGAAAACUUAAAAGCUAUAAUAAGGGAGAAGAUAAACAGAUUUUACCGCCAAAAAUAUGUGUAAAGUUUGUUUAUGAUGGAAACCACCAAGAUUAGAACACAAAUGACUGGGAGAAAAUAUUUGCAGCACAUUGGUGUGUAUGAUCACUUCAGGAGAAUAACUUGCUUUGAGCUCCUUAGAGCAAGUCAUGGGGCCUACUGAGCAGUGGCCAGCUGAAUUUUUCUGGGUCACCCAGGGUCAUUGCUGCCAGGCCAGGACAUGCGGCAUCCUGUCUGUGUCACAGGGAAAGAAUGAAGGUUAUCAGAGAAUGUGACACAUUCUCUGUCACACAAAGAAUGAAGUGCUGAGCACAGUGCCUGGUACAUUUAAUAUAAGAGCUCAGUAAAUAUGAGCUACAAUCAUGUUCAGUAAGGAUGCUAAGCAAUUACAUUAUAGCUGGUGUUAUUUACUAGUAUAACUUGUAAUCCAGUUUUAAGGGAGAACCUGUAAACCCCCUAGGAAAUUAGUAAAAUAAAGGCUGUUCUCUUUGGAGGUACUAGAUGUGCAAAGAGGUUAUUCAUCUGCCAGGAACUGAAGUGUUCGUUCCUACAUACUGGCCUCUUAGAACCCCAUAAGGCAGCAUUGCUCAAGGUGUGGUCCACAAUCACCAGAAUUACUCGUUGAAAGUCUAGCUGCCCGGCCUGUGCUGGCCGGGGCUGCUCCUUCGGCCGGCACACUGGAGGGGCAUCUGUGCAGCAGAGCCAUGGGUCCCCAAGACUGACUGGUGAUGAGAACAAGAAAUAAAACCCUCCCCCAGCGCACAGGAGGAGAAACAGAUUCCUUGGCACAGCCUGUUGAACCAAUCUCUGGGAGGAGGGAGCCAAGAAUCCACACUUAAAACAAGCUCCCAGGUGAGUCUGCUGCACUUAUAAUUUGAAAAAGGGCCUACUAUUCUAAGGCUAGCAGUAACACUUUCCCAUGGAGCUCUGGCCCUCAGGCCUCACAAUUCUGAGGGUUACAUCAAAACCAGAACCAGAUCCCUAAUGUAUACUUGAGGAAGUGUUUGCAGUUCAGGAAGAUGGAUUACUUGUGCUUGAUUGAAAUUUUUUUAAUAUACUUUUCAGCUUCUAAAAGGAUACUAAAUUUUACACAUACUUUGAUCCCAUUUGUUUAAAGUAUUACUGCUGUAUGGACUCAUAACUGUACCAACUUCGUUCUGACAGAUUUCCCUUUAUGGUAUGUGGUAGAAAAAAAUGAUGCCUCUUUUGCCCUUUGUAGAAGAAUGCACAUUUCCAGUUCAGAAAUACUCAAAAUAUGUAUGUAAGUAAUCCAGUUUAUAAAAUGUGAUGUUGAGAAUACAACAGCCUUGUUAGAAACCA